UAUGCACUUUUUGGGUGCAUUAGCAUCUGUUGUUGCUAAUUAUUAAAAAAGUAAAAUUAUUUUCUUUAUUAAACAAGUAAAACAAAGUGCCAAAUUAUGUGUUGAAGUGUAAGGAAUAUUUACAACAUUUUAUUCAUUAAUUUCCCUCUGUUUUUCCUUUAUUAUUCCCGAAUAAGAAAAACAAAUAGCGAAAAUUGCAAAUACCGAGUUGUAUUGACAAUCAACAUAUCGAUCUUUUCAUAAUAUAACAUAAAGAGCCAAAGGACAUAUCCAUCACCACUAGCCCUUAAUACAGUUCAUGAGAGUCUAAGAAAAAAAAUUUUAAAAUAAAAAAGGUUUUGUAUUAUGAACUUCAUCAUUUUAACUCUUGUAUACAGAAUGAAAGAAGUUUUAAUUUUGAAAAAAGUCGAGCUUUUGCUGAUUAUACCAAGGUUUUUUUACAUGUUAAAUAUUCACUUAAGCAAUAAAAUACAUUAAGGCAUAUCUGAAAGGAAAAAAGAAGUUUAAGAAAUGAAUGACAUAAAUGUAGACGAUUUGGAGUUACUUCCAGAUGAUAUAUUUGAUAAUUUUGAUUCUAAUACAAAGUGCGGUGAAAUUUUUGUUAUUAAGGGACAAUUGAACUACUUAUGUACAUUUUGCAGUGAAAUAUUUUUAUCUCAACAAAUUUUCUCGGAACAUUUAUUUCAAGCACAUCAACUAUUUAAUUUUGAGCCAAUAAAUAACAACAAUUACAACAGAUCCAAUAUUAGAAAAACCUACUGUAGCAAAAAUAGAAAACUUAAUGAAAAGCAAAAACCAAAAGAUUUUAUUAUUGUAAAUUCAGCAAUUGACAUCACUGGAUCAUCCAUAGAAUCUCUUUCUUCUGAAAAUUACAGUCAUAGUGAUAACCAAAUUCGGAAGUCUAUAAGCCCAGUCAAUUUUGAUAACAUUAUAUUAAAUUUUGAUCAACAAAUUAUUAAUAACAGCUCGGAAUAUUUACAAGAUAAUUUUACAUUUAAUAAUGAAAUUAGUUCGAUUGAAGACAAUCCAGAUAAAGAAUUAUUAUUAAUUGAAACAAAUAUUUACAAUAAUAAUGGUGAUAUUGAAGUGCAAUAUGAAAAAGAUAAUUCUGAUACGAUAAAAAAAUCCCAGUUAAAAAAAAUUAAGAAAGUAAAAUCGAACUUAAAAGAUUGUAAGGGGAAAAUAAUAAUUACAAGUGAUUCGAUUUCCAAUAAACCAUUUCGUUGCGAAAUAUGCAACAAAAAAUUUGCUGUAAUAAAAAAUAUGAAAAAUCAUAGAGACAUUUGUGCAGACAGAGCUUUUAGUAUUCCUUUUGGGUGCAAAUUUUGUCCAAGAAGGUUUCAUGAACGUAAUAAAUGUGAAAGACAUGAACAAAUUAAGCACGCAAGUGAAUUAAAUCCUGCAGUCCCUAAAGGAUAUUGGAAAUGUCAAAUUUGCUAUAAAAUGUUGCGAAGUACGUGCAACCGCAAAAAGCAUGAAGAUGGUCACUUUUUAUUAACCGACAAAAAUGGUAAAAAAACUAAGUGCUCAUGUCAAGUUUGUGGUAAGAUGUUAUCUUCGUCAGCUUCUUUAAAAGUUCAUAUGCGAAUUCAUAAUGAAGAAAAUCGUUUCAAAUGUGCGUUUUGUCCUGCACGCUUUAAAUUUUCUACGUCAUUAAAAACUCAUGAACUUUCACAUACUGGUGAAAGACAAUUCCAGUGCCGGUAUUGUGAUAAACGUUUUCUACAAAAUUCUCAUCGUAAGAAUCAUGAAAUUUUGCACAAUAAGGAAAAAAAAUUAGAAUGUGUGCAUUGUCGUAUGAAAUUUCAUCGUAUGGACUAUUUGAAUUCACAUAUGAAAAAUAAACAUUCAAUUAAUAAGCAACGUACAUUGGAAAAUAUUCGACCUUAUCAAUGUCAAUAUUGUCAGAGUGCUUUUACUGCUGAAAAAUAUUUAAAAAACCAUGAACGUUUGCAUAUAAAUGGAGUACAAUAUAAAUGCAAAUACUGUGAGAAAAAGUCCAUUGUUAAAGGUAUUAUUGAAAGACAUGAAAAAACUCAUUUAAAAACAAAAGAAACAUUUCCAUGUCAUUUAUGCUCAAAACAAUUUGAGUCAAAAAAUGGAUUAUUAAGUCAUGUGAAAACAAAACAUCCUGAUAAUAAUGUAUUAGAAUAUAGAUGUGGUAAAUGCGAAGCUCAAUUUGAAAAUUCCUCAGAUUUACAAGAACAUAUUCGAAAGGUUUGUAGUAUUGUUGUUAAAAGUUUUGGAUGUGAUAAGUGCUCAGCUCGCUUUGAAUUAGAACACGGUUUGAAAGUGCACAAAGCUGUAAGUCAUAUAAUUAUCGAUUCAUCUCUUCAACCAAGAAGUUAAAUUGAAAAUAUAUAGCAAAAAAAAUUUCAAAUAAAUAUUUAAACAAACUUAAAUGUAUAUUAUGCAAAUGUACAUGCAUAGGUAUAUAAGUAUUACAUAUUUUUGUAUACUUGUAUAAUUUUAAUAGAAUAUAUGUAAAUAAUAUAUGUAUAUUAUGUUGUUCACAUUUCUUUAUUAAGUGGUAUAA